CAUCAUUGCUGAGAAAGCUACUAUGACUGAUGUGUGAAAGGAAUUAAUUGAGAUACCAAACAAGUGAGUUUUGUUCACAUGUGAAAUUAACACUGAUACACAUGACAUGGAAUUUCAAAGUUGUGAUGGAUAAAUGGUGCUUUGUACCUUGUGUGAAAAAAAUGUUGAUGAGUCAGGAAUAAAUUUAAAUAACACUGGAAAUAAACAUUGAAAGGAAAUUUUAUAAUUGAAAGGAUUAAUUUGUGGAAUAUUAAAUAAUUGGUGACAUUAACUAAAGGACAACAUGUAUCAGGGAAUGGUUUUAGCCGUGCAUCCAAACAAGGACCAGUUUUCCAUGAUUGCCAGAUGGAGCAAACUCUGGCGUCUCAUUCAAGAUGGUGAGUGUGAAACCUGCGCUGACUUUGUCAUCGACAGUGACCUUGACCUAGAAAGUCACCUGACCUUCGACUCCAAGGUGGAGGAAUUCCUUAUGGAUCGGUCCAUUUUGAAAGUGCAUCUUCCCAAUGGGGGUUUCAACAUGGUGAAAUAUGGUGAUGCCACAGAUAUUAAGGACAUCAUACGCCUGGUGGUGGGUCGGCUGGCACAAGGGGACCGAUACUUCGCACGCUGCUACGCUCUCAAGCUGGUGCACUUGAAGUCACGGGACUCGUACUGGCUCCACAACAACCUCACUAUGUACCAGGUGAAACAGAAGUAUGAGGCAACACGACCACCGGAUGAAUGGAGAUAUGAACUUAGAGUUCGAUACCUGCCAAAAAGUUUUCAAGAGCUUUAUGCGAAGGACAAAGUGACAUUCUACUACUUGUAUGACCAGGUCCGUAAUGACUACAUGAAGGAUCUUGCAGAGAAGAUAGAGCAUGAUAUGGCAAUCAGGCUGGGCUGCAUAGAAAUGAGGCGUUUCUUCAAGGACAUGCCCCAGGUAGCACUUGACAAGAAGUCCAACUUUGAGUACCUGGAGAAGGAAGUGGGGCUGAAGAGAUUCCUGCCAAAGUCUCUCAUAGACUCCAUGAAGUCGAAGAGCCUCCGUAAGGCUAUACAGCAGCACUUCAAGUCAUAUGCUCAGCUGUCAGAGUCCGAGUGCGUCUAUCGCUUCUUCGACACCCUCUCGCAAGUCAGCAAGUUCAACCAGGAGAGAUUUAAAUGUGCACUUGGGUCUAGCUGGAGUAUCUCCAUGGAGCUCGUGAUCGGUCCAGACUGUGGCAUCAGCUACCUCACUGAGAAGGCUUCAAAGCCGACUCACAUGGCCGACUUCUCACAGGUGCAGGCCAUACAGACCCUGGCCCUGGAUGAUGGUAAGGGGGUGCUGAAGCUGCGUAUCGCAGGGGCCAACGAGCCGCUCACCAUCACCUGCUCCUCUCUGCCAGAGGCCGAGGACAUGGCUGACCUCAUUGACGGCUACUGUCGACUGGUUCAUGACUGCCAGGGGUCUCUCUGGACUAAAACUGUUGUUACAAAUGGAAAAUCCUUACUUAUGGACCGUCCAGAUUUCCUGCCUAAGCAAGAAGAGACUGUCCCACCAUCCCCAAAGAUGAGCACCGCCAAGAAGGGCAGCAACAACAGACUGGACCAACUUAGCCCUCAUGAACGGAUAUCAGAUUAUGCGGAAAUAGUUGAGGAUGAAGGGGACUACAGCUCUCCUGAUGGUCGUAGGCGAAAAGGGCGAAGAAAAAAAUCUCGUGACUAUGAGAUUCAUAGAGACCAUGUUUGUCUGCUGGACAUUCUGGGCAAUGGACAGUUUGGAGACGUGCACAAGGGCAUUUACAGGGACAAGGAAGGCCGGGAAAUUCCAGUAGCAGUGAAGACCUGCAAGGAGGACAAUGAGGACUCCAUGACAGAGAAGUUCCUGGAGGAAGCAUUGAUCAUGCAGCAAUUUGACCAUCCCCACAUUGUAAAGUUGAUAGGGGUCUGCUCAGAAAGUCGCCCAGUCUGGAUCGUGAUGGAGCUCGCAAAACAUGGAGAGAUGCGUGCGUACCUGCAGAACAACAAACCUCGCCUGGAGCUGACCACCCUGAUCAUGUAUGCUUUCCAGCUCAGCAUGGCCCUCUCCUACUUGGAGAGUAAGAAGUUUGUACACAGAGACAUAGCUGCCCGCAAUGUGUUGGUAUCUGCCCAUGACACAGUGAAGCUUGGGGACUUUGGGCUCUCCAGAUGGGUAGAGGAACAGAGCUACUAUAAAGCUUCAAAGGGCAAGCUUCCGAUCAAAUGGAUGGCACCAGAGUCGAUAAACUUCCGACGGUUUACAUCAGCUAGUGAUGUGUGGAUGUUUGGUGUGUGUAUAUGGGAGAUCCUCAUGUACGGUAUCAAGCCAUUCCAGGGGGUGAGGAACAAUGAUGUGAUAGGCAAGAUAGAGAAUGGAGAGCGCCUGCCCCUACCCCCAGGCUGUCCACCCUCCCUCUACAACCUCAUGUGUGUCUGCUGGUCGUAUGAACCCUCCAAGAGACCCUGCUUUGCAGACCUCAAGACCUGGCUAUAUGAGAUCUUUGAUGAGGAAAAGUACAGACAGGAGGAGGAAACUAAGACAGCUAACAGGAGGAUCCUAUCUUGGGGUUCUAAUGGGUCUCAUGAAGAGGAAGACAUAGUAGCUCCGCCCCCUAAGCCAGCCCGUCCGGGCUACUCCAAUGUGUCUCCCGCCGGCUCAACCCGCAAUCUGAGCCAGCUGAGCAUUCCCACCCCGCCUCGCCAGUGGGGCAGUGCCUCCCAGCUGCCCGUGGGUCACAGCACCCCGUACGGGCCCAGUCCCCUGGGUCCUAGCGGGACUCACUCUGGGGCGCCCCCUCUCCCGCGGGAGAUUGACCUCUCACACUACUUUCCCUCCUCCAGUGGAUACACACAGGCUGGACAGGUUUCUCGCGGCUACACUCCAGUAAGUUCUGAGUCUAACCCAUACAGCAAGGCAUCAGAUAUUGGCCCCAGCUCCCGGAUAGACAUGUACCCAGGUAGAAUACCCAACCGGUUCCCCUACACGGCAGCUGACCUAGCCGACUCCGGUAUCAGUAAGGGACUGCCAUACUACACCAGCAGGCAACUUCAUGAUCAACCGGUUGUUGAUUUCCCUUCGAGCAGUCCGGUUCCUGUGACGAUGCCAGACCUGGAACCUGAGGAGAUUGCAGCACGCCUACGGCAACAGCAGGAGCAGUCUGAGAGAGACGCACAGUGGCUAAUCUUGGAGGAGAAAAACCUGAAGCGUGAUAUACCACGGGGGCCAGUGAAGCCUGCGCCCAACGCCCUGCACAUCACUGAGGCUACAGAUGUGCGACCUGUAAUCCCACCCCAGGUGGACCCCUACCCAGCAUUCCUCCGCACUGCCUCCCACACCUCCAGUGCAAGCAGUAGAAGCAGCAGCACCAGUGACCAUGAUAUUCCUCCAUCUUUACCUACCCAGCAACAAAACAAUAAGAGCAUACCGAAGCCCUCUCCGAUCACUAAGGAGUCACUGGACAGAAGCAGUGACCCGGUGUACGACAGCACCACUGCUGUGGUACGCUCGGUGAUGUCUCUCUCACAGAAAACACCGGCAUGUCGGGCAGAGGAGUUUGUGGAUCUGAUCAAGGGAGUAGGCCUGGAGUUGAGGGGUCUUCUGGCAGCAGUGGACGAGUUCUCACGAGGUCUGCCCCCCAACCAGCAUAGAGAGGUUGAGAUGGCCCAGAAGGUUCUCUCCACAGACAUGAGUCACCUGGUGAGUGCCAUGAAGCUGGCCCAGCAGUACAGCAGCACAGCACUGGACGCUGAGUACCGCAAGAACAUGCUCAAGGCUGCCCACAUACUGGCCAUGGACUCUAAAAAUCUCCUCGACGCAGUUGAUAAUGUCAGAGUAUCACAGCUCAAUAACGGUGUCAGAUGAUUGACAUAAAGUUAAACAGUUUCGGGGAUGUCUUCUUUGACCUUGGGUUGAGAAGUGAGGACCAUGUCUACUAUAUAUUACAACGUCUAUGAAGAGUAUGACAUCAAGUUAAACAGUUUAGAGAAACAUGUGCUCUAAUAUUGUUACAAAUGUACGAGUGUAAUACAGUGCAAUAUAACAUACCACAGAUAUUACAGUUGCACACUUACAGAUUCCACAAAACCUACUAAGGGUUUGUAAGGUAACUUUUAAGUUGGACUAUAACACAUUUUGUGUCCGAUAUGUCAGACGUGAUUCACAGAGUCUCAUGACUUGUAUCAAAGGCAUUCAGACUUUCAUGCCAUAGAGGCCCCAUUAAAGAUGUAUUGCAAGCGGCUCAUUAAAAUUACGAGUAUUUACCUUCAGUUAUUCAAACAAUUCUGCUCUAAAACCGGUAAAUAUUACCGCGUUGGCAUUACAAAGGGCCUGACCUACAUGAGCGCAAGGUCCCACGCUGUACCAAGGUGGGGAAGUUGGGUCUAUACAUACUCUUGUUUUGUGCCAUCUUGGCAACAUAAGUAAGAGCCUGCGCCCUGUGUGAUACCCAGUUAUGUUGCCUUAUCAGCGCCCCAGAUCAGCAUUCCCAUUUAGAUGUUGUAGACAUAUGAACAUGUAUAUACACAUAUAGCCAAUAUGGAACAAUCACCACUUUUGCAAGGGCAAUUACAUAAUCAAUUAUCCUAAUAUAUGCCAUAAGUUUCAGGUCUGCCCAAUUGGUGGAUGUUUAGUUGUUGAUAUUUUGUUACUUUAAAGAAUAACUUGAACACAGAACAUUGAAAUACUUUCUUGAUGAUUUCAACAGAAAAUUCACACUAUUUUUCAUUUUAGUAUAAAAAAAUGUCCAUCAUAUUUAGCUGUGUAAUAUUUGGAUUGCACUGGAAUACAUGAAGAUGCUAUUAUUUCACAAGAUACAUAAAUGUUAAUUGGUGUUUCACAUUAUUAUGUCAAGUAACUUACAUACAACUAGCAAAAUACAAAUGCUUGCUUCAACUUGAGAUAGAUAUUGUUGAUAUAUCUUACAAUGUCCAUGAAAGUGGUGUAUAUUAAGUGCUGUAUUAAUGUUUUUUUAUGCUAUUAUUAACUUAUAACUUUUUAAUUAUUUUUUUCAUAUAAUACAUAUAGUGUUAUGGUCUUUGCAUAUAAAACACUUUAAGCUUACCAAUAAGAUUAAAACUUUAAUGUACAUAUUUCAUCAAUUAAGUCACAUAUGAAGAAGUUAUACCUAAGCUAUUUACAUAUAAUGUGUUUUUUUUACCUCUCAUGCAUUGUAUUAGUUUUUCAAGAAUUCAUGUAUUGAUACUGUACAAGAUUGUAUACUGACCUAUUUCCACAUUUUAUUAUGGCCUUGAAGCAUAAACCAUGGUAUGUACAUUAAUUAUAAAAUUGAUUAAUUUAUAUAUUAUAUGUGUAUAUAUUGCCAUUGUAGUUAGUUAUAUUGUACCAUACUUAAUCUAUUGCAAUUUAUUGUUGAAAAAUGCAAUAUUUAUAAAAAAUUACAAUAUA